AGACGAGGCAGUGCGCCUGCGCAAGAGGGUCUGGCGGCGGCUGCCUGCGCUUGUGCAUCCAGGUUCGGCGGCGGCCUGCGCCUGCGCGGCGCGGCGCUGCGGAGACCGUUGGCUCAUUUGCAUGUCCCCGCCUCGCGCGGUGGCGGCGGCGGGUCAGAGAAACAUGGCAGCAAGGAGAAUUGCACAGGAGACUUUUGAUGCUGUAUUGCAGGAAAAGGCUAACCGAUAUCAUAUGGACCCCAGUGGUGAGGCUGUAGGCGAAGCUCUUCAGUUUAAAGCUCAAGAUCUAUUAAUGCCAACCUUGCUGGGCCAAGGCCCUGCUUGGACUCUUGGGGCUCCCCAUUUUGGGUUUACAUCCUCAGACAAGUGCAGGAGCAGCCAGAUAACUGAUCUUCUAAGGACAGUCCCAAGAGCCAGAGCAGAUAUGUAUGAUGACAUUCACAGUGACAGCAGAUACACUCUGGGCGGAUCUGUAGCUCAUCCUCGAGACACUGGGAGAGAAGCCCUGAGAGGUGAUAUAUUUCCAGGACCUUCCUUCAGAUCAAGCAACCCUUCUGUAAGUGACGACAGCUACUUUCGCAAAGAAUGUAAUCGGGAUCUGGAAUUUUCCCACCCUGACUCCCGAGACCAGGUCUUUGGCCACCGGAAAUUGGGACAUUUCCGUUCUCAGGACUGGAAAUUUCCACUCCGUGGCUCUUGGGAACAAGACUUUGGCCACUCAGUUUCUCAAGAAUCCUCUUGGUCACAGGAGUAUAGUUUUGGUCCUUCUGCAUUACUGGGGGACUUUGGCUCCUCCAGGCUGAUUGAGAAAGAGUGUUUGGAGAAAGAGAGUCGGGAUUACGACGUGGACCAUCCAGGGGAGGGAGAUUCUGUGCUCAGGGGCAGCAGCCAAGUCCAGGGCAGAGGCCGAGGUCUAAACGUCAUUGACCAGGAGGGUGCCCUCCUAGGAAAGGGGGAGACUCAAGGCCUGCUCACGCCUAAAGGAGGGGUCGGGAAGCUUGUCACACUGAGAAACGUGAGCACGAAAAAGGUACCCACUAUAAGUCGUAUCACUCCCAAAACUCAGGGCACUAACCAAAUCCAGAAAACUACCCCAAGUCCUGAUGUGACCCUGGGGACAAACCCAGGGACGGAAGACGUCCAAUUCCCCACUCAGAAAAUCCCUUUGGGGCUUAAUCUGAAGGAUAUUCGGCUCCCGAGAAGAAAGAUGAGCUUCGAGCUCAUAGAUAAAUCUGAUGUUUUUUCAAGGUUCGGGAUAGAAAUAAUCAAAUGGGCGGGAUUCCACACCAUAAAAGAUGAUGUUAAAUUUUCCCAGCUUUUCCAGAGUCUUUUUGAACUUGAAACCGAGACCUGUGCUAAAAUGCUUGCCUCAUUCAAAUGCUCCUUAAAACCAGAGCACAGAGAUUUUUGCUUUUUUACUAUCAAAUUUUUAAAGCACUCUGCUUUGAAAACACCCAGAGUUGAUAACGAGUUUUUAAACAUGCUUUUAGACAAAGGUGCUGUGAAGACCAAAAAUUGCUUUUUCGAAAUCAUAAAGCCCUUUGAUAAAUACAUAAUGAGGCUACAAGACCGGCUGCUGAAGAGUGUCACACCCCUGCUCAUGGCCUGCAAUGCCUACGAGCUGAGUGUCAAAAUGAAGACCCUCAGUAACCCCUUGGACUUGGCUAUUGCCCUGGAGACCACCAAUUCUCUCUGCCGGAAGUCUUUAGCUCUUUUGGGACAGACAUUCUCCUUGGCCUCUUCUUUCCGGCAAGAGAAAAUCUUGGAAGCCGUCGGCCUCCAAGAUAUAGCUCCCUCUCCCGCUGCAUUUCCAAACUUCGAGGACUCUACUCUGUUCGGGAGAGAGUACAUUGAUCACCUGAAGGCCUGGCUGGUCAGCAGUGGGUGUCCACUCCAGGUCAAGAAAGCCGAACCCGAGCCAAGUCGAGAUGAGGAGAAGACUGUUCCUGCUACCAAACCUGAAAUUCAGGCCAAAGCUCUGAGUGGUCUGAGUGAUGAGGUCCCCCAGCGAGCAGAUCACAAGGUGGUGGACACCAUUGACCAGCUGGUCACACGUGUCGUUGAAGGCAGCCUGUCUCCCAAAGAGAGAGCUCUUCUCAAGGAGGACCCUGCUUACUGGUUUUUGUCUGAUGACAGUAGUCUGGAGUAUAAAUAUUAUAAGCUGAAGCUGGCAGAAAUGCAGCGGAUGAGCCAGACCUUACCAGGAGCGGAUCAGAAGCCGAUGGCGGCCGAGUGUGCAGUCCGGGCCAUGCUCUAUGCCCGGGCAGUCCGGAGCCUCAAGAAGAGGCUCCUACCAGGGCGGCGGCGGGGGCUGCUUCGAGCUCAAGGACUCCGGGGCUGGAAAGUGAGGAGAGCAACCACCGGGACCCAGACCCUCCUCUCCUCAGGCACCAGGCUGAAACACCAUGGCCGGCAGGCUCCAGGCUCCUUGCAGGGAAAGCCGCCCCAACCAGACGGAAAUGAUGCUGCCAAGGACUGCCCACCAGACCCAGCCGGACCCUCUCUUCGGGACCCCAGCCCAGAAGUCUCAGGCCCAUCCCCCAAGCCAGCAGGAGUGAAUGUCUCCGAAGCCCCUCAGACCUCUUCUCCCUGCCCGUCUACUGAUGUUGAUAUGAAGACAAUGGAGACUGCAGAGAAACUGGCCAAAUUCGUUGCUCAGGUGGGACCAGAGAUUGAACAAUUCAGCAUAGAAAACAGCAUUGACAACCCCGACCUUUGGUUUCUACAUGACCAAAACAGUUCAGCUUUCAAAUUCUAUCGAAAGAAAGUAUUUGAACUGUGCCCAUCGAUUUGCUUUACGUCAUCUCCACUGAACCUCCACGCCAGCGAGAGUGCUGAUUCUCAGGAGAGCCCCCUGGAGCCCAUGGAAGGGGAAGGAGAGUUUGAGGAUGAGCCCUCUCAGCACGAGGCUGAGCUGGAGAGCCCAGAGGUGAUGCCUGAGGAGGACGAGGACGAGGAGGAGGACGAAGAGGAGGAGGAGGAGGCCUCCACUCCUGGAGGGGCCUCCAGGCUGGCAGGAGGGUCCACCAAGUGUGAGGGCUCGGAGGGGAGCCCCCCUGCUGAUGGCCUCCUGAGUGAGGUGGCCGAGGACAGCCCGGCUGGUGCGCCUGCCCUGUCACAGUCCUCCUCAGGGACCUGCUUUCCCCGGAAGAGGGUCAGCAGCAAGUCGUUGAAGGUCGGCAUGAUCCCGGCUCCCAAGAGGCUGUGUCUCAUCCAGGAGCCCAAAGUUCACGAACCGGUUCGAAUUGCCUAUGACAGGCCUCGGGGUCGUCCCGUGUCCAAGAAGAAGAAACCCAAGGACUUUGAUUUCGCCCAGCAGAAACUGACCGACAAGAACCUGGGGUUCCAGAUGCUACAAAAGAUGGGCUGGAAGGAGGGCCAUGGCCUGGGCUCCUGUGGGAAGGGCAUCAGGGAGCCCGUCAGCGUGGGAACUGCCUCGGAAGGGGAGGGGUUGGGUGCCGACGGGCAGGAGCACAAAGAAGACACGUUUGAUGUGUUCCGUCAGAGGAUGAUGCAGAUGUACAGACACAAACGGGCCAACAAAUAGAAAUUCCUCUGUUUGGACUCGUGGGAGCGCCACCUCCCAGUUCCUGGAAUUCCCAGUCCAGGUGUGAGAUUUGAGGUUUCAGCUUCAAGAUUUCGGUGUCCACAUCUUGAUGACUUGAUUUUGCCCAGAGGCAGCUCAGAGCAAAGCAGAACUUGAGGGUUUGAAUCCUCAGUCCUUAUGUGUCCUCCCUGUGCUGUGUGACCUGGGGGAGUGAUCCACCUCUCUGAGCCUUAUUUUCCUCAUUUAUGAACUGGGAGAACGGUAGUAUUUAACGCCAGGCUUCUGAGAAUCAGCACCAGCAUGCUUCGUCGCUCACAAAUGUUCUCUGUACUGUUUCCAUUGUUCUGUGACCCUGAGCCUGUCACUGAGGCUUCCUGUCAGUCUGCUCCUCCUAAAAAUAAAGUCCUGGGAACUUCCCUGGUGGUGCAGUGGUUAAGAGUCUGCCUGCCAAUGUAGGGGACACAGGUUCGAUCCCUGGUCCGGGAAGAUCCCACAUGCCACGGAGCAACUAAGCCAGUUUGCCACAACUACUGAGCCUGCAUGCCACAACUACUGAAGCCCACGUACCUAGAGCCUGUGCUUUGCAACAAGAGAAGCCCCUGCUCGCCGCAACUAGAGAAAGCCCGUGUGCAGCAACAAAG